AUGACUCCCACGCCGGGCCCACAAGACGGACGCAACCGCGGAGCGAGCCGUGCUCGCAGCGGGGCUGGAUCCUGCACGCCUGUCCCUGGGGCCGACCUGCACCCUCCCAUCGCCUUCUCCGCUUCCCCCGGGCAGGACAAGCAAGCGCUUGCGGUGUUCAUCGAGAGCCGGGCGUCCGCGGACGUGUUUGCGCGCGAGCCGUACGACGCGCGCAAGGACCGCUGGCUGGCCCGGCUGGGCCGAUACCUGGCCUUCUUCACGGGCCGCAAGACCGCGUCCACGGCUGGCGUCUCGGGCUGGCCGAUCACCAGCGAGAAGGUGCUGCUCUGGAUGGCCCGCGUCGCGCGCCGACCUACCGGGGCCAAGCUCCGGGCCAACCUGCAGGCCCUCGAGGCUGCCCGCAGCGCCACCCACCACCUCUUCGCCCCCCGCUUCCCCGCACUUGCCGAUACCUCCCUCCUGCUCGUCCCGGAGGUCCAGCAGACCCUCGCUGCCCUCCAGGCCGACAAAAUCGCCGCCUCUUCUGCGAAAACCCGCUCUAAAUCGGCGCCGAGCUCUACGCGGAUUGCGCCCAGCACCCCUAAGCCGAGCAGCGCUGCUACUGCCCAUACUGCGAGCUCUCUCGCAGACCUUACUGCUGCCGAAAACGCCCCGGACACGGGCGAGACUGGCUGUGCUCAAGCUGCCCGCGUUAUCACCACAUUCAGCCCGUCUACCGCCAAGGAUACCAGCACUGCCGCCAACAACGUCGCCGUGGACACCGGCAGCUCUUCCACUCAAGCCACGCGCGUUAUCUCGAGAUCCAACAGGUAUACUGCCCGGAGUACAAGCCGGUCGAGCGCCAAAAACAGCACCGGUCCUGCUACACCUUCACUCCGCCCUCAGGAAACAGGCGAGGUGAAGAAGCCGCGCGUCCUUCCUGCCCCACCGGGCAACCAGAAGAAGAAGGAAAAGGAGGCCCCAGAUCCGCCGUCGUUGCCGCGACAAGCCCGGCCCCGGGGCAAGCCACCUGCGCGAGCCUCGGGCGGCUGUAAACGCGACCCGCGGACGAAGCUACAUUACGAGAGCUCGGAGCACGAGCUGGACAUCGCGUAUGGCGACGAUUACCGGCCGCUUCGCAAGAAACCCAAACCCUGCCCUCCCCGCGACCCCCCGCUCCUCUCCGGGGAACACGCCCACCUGCUCGUCCCAGCGCCGCCCCUCUACCACUCCAUCUCCGUCUUCGCCGAGACCCGGCGGCCUGAUGUCCGCGUCCGGAUCCUUGAGGCGCUGCGGAGAGACCAUCCCUAUAACGGGGAUAUCGAGGACGUGCUCGCCGGGUUAGAGGUGCCGAUGCAGCGGCUGACGGGGCCCGAUGGCGAGCUGGGAACGCUCGGGAGCGCGGACGACCUGACAGCGUGUGUGGCAGCGUAUCUGGAGUACUGGGCGCGGGAAGGCGUCGCGGGCUUCCCGAUGGCCGCGAUGAAGGUCAGUGUGUGGCUGGCCUCGAUCCCCGGCGCGACGGCGACGGAGACGGGGGACAUCGCGUGGAGCUUCGACCGGCUGGCUCGCGCGCUUGCCGGCCAGGCCGGCCCGGCCUAUGUCUAUCCGCGCUCCUUCCUCGACGCCCCGCUGUGGCGCGACUUCUGCGCCGAAUGCGGCCGCCCCGCCGCGCUCGAGCCUCCCCUCGACCCGGCAUCACACGAGGAGGAUCCCGCCGCGUGCAGCCCCUCGGCCUCGACGUCCGAGGGCCCCCUUUCGUCGCUGCAUCCGCCCUCCCCGCUCGUCGACUCAUCGCUCCUCGCCCUGGCGGCGCUCUUCCCUGCCGGCCAGCCCGGCCUCCCCUCCCCUCCCAAACUUGCGCGCAUGGACGCCCUUGCAAGCCCCGACCUCCAGGCUCUCCUCACCCCCGAAUCUUACCGCCAGCUCUGCCGCAAACGGGACGCGAUCGGCUCACUUGAGCACCGCAAAUUCCUGCAACACUUGCACCGCUUCUUGCAUCUGCUCUCCUGA